AUGAGUAUUUCGGGGCUACAACCGCCACCUCCGUUCCUGUCUUCACCUGGACACCCGGACAUCCCAUGGGAGCAAUGGAUUCAGGCAUUCAAGAACUACAUGAUUGCUUCGGGCGCCUCCGAUUUACCUGCUAUUCGUCGGAAGGCGAUCCUGCUCAACUGCUUGGGAUUGGAAGGACAGCGCAUUUUCCAGACACUGGCGACAACGGACGACCCAUGCCUUAUGGCUGCAAGCGCUGCGGGAGGAACAUUGGCGUCGUCUCCAAGCCCGGAUGACUUCGACCACGCCAUCGCGACGCUGGAAGGUCACUUCAAGAGCACGGUGAACGUCACUGCAGCGCGUCACCGUUUCCGUCGACGUACGCAAGCCCCAGAGCGGUGGCUGAUCGCAAUUCGUCGGGGAUCCGAGCGAUCGGCGGUGGACGAGGACAGCGUAUACGCAAGGCCUCUGGCGCUGAUGCUGCUCACGCGGCUGCUGAGCGACAGCGGAGGCGUGGCGGCCAUGCGCCGGCUCCUCUGGUGGGGACUGGUGCGAGAGCUGGCGCCGUACGCCAGCGGGAGCUACCUGCCCACUGACUCCAACGCGCUGGAUCGCUUCUGCGUUCGCAGGGUGGCCGCCAAACUGGAGCUCGCCAUCAGAGCCGUCUACCUGUUCAGAGCCGUCACGCCCAGCGUUCUGUCCGCGGUCGGGAACCUGACGGCGCACAUGCGCGCAGCGCUGAGCAGGGCUCUGCGCUCUUCGUGGCUUCGCGAUCGCACUCGCAGUGCGGCGCUUCGAAAAGCGGCCUCCAUGGGGGUCACGCUGGGAUUCCCCGACCGCUUCUCGCGCGAGUCCCAGCUGGACGCGUACUUCGCCACGCUGGACGACGUUCGCCCCGACAAGUCGCUGUCGUCCUGGUUGGCACUGCGCCGUUUCCUGCAGGAACAACUACGACAAACUGAAGGCGACCAAGUUGACCUGGCUGUUGCGUACGCACACAAGGUGAACGCGUACUACCUGUCCGGCAACCGGGUGCUGGUUCCCGCGGGCAUCAUCCAAGAGCCCGUCUAUUUCCACGACGCUGCCGACGCCUACAACUACGGCUCACUAGGACAGGCUGUUGGGCACGAGAUGAUGCACGCGUUCGACACGGGCGGUCGGAAACUGGACGAAGACGGGAAGCCGUGGUCCUGGACCGCCACGGCGAACCGCGAAUACGAAGAGAGAUUGAAGUGCAUCCGCCGCAGCCACGUUGAGGAAGUCGUUCCAGCACUCGUUGUGAUCGGACGCGCCAUGGCCCGCACGAGGAGGGUGCGCUCGCUGGAAUCCAAGCAAGACGGACGUGCCGGCCGCGAUGUCCUCUCCUCGCACCUCUCGCUGACCGGCGCCCCCGUGACGGUCUCCUCGCCUGUGAUGUAA